AUGUUACUCAAACUCGUACCAUCAGGUACUUUGUGCCUGGCUUUCGCCGCUUUGGCGUGUGGCUUGAACAGCUCGGUCUACGAUCCACUAAGCCACCCCAUGUUCCAACUCUCUCCAGAUGAGGAAACGGCCUUUUUCUUGGAGAGUGUCCUCUCCUUUGUCGCGGGCGCUGGCGCUAGCACCGCAGAGGUCCUGCGAGUCGCCACACAGAUUGUGCCGGGCAGCGAGGAGAGUGUGCACGAUGCUUUCUAUGCCAUGGCGCAGUCCAUCCACGCGUUGGCAGAAAGCACUGAUCCCCGAGUUGAUCCUGCCGGAGCCCGCGAAAACUACUUUCACGCAUCGUCGUAUUACCGCGCCGCAGCCACCUUUCUCGUCGGUGACCAGGAAGAUCCACGCCUGAUUAGCCUGUGGGACAAGCAGAUUGCCGACUUUGACAAGGCUGCCCAUCUCUUGAAGCCUCCGGCGGAGCCAUUCAACGUCAAGGCCAAAAACUCAAGCAUUGGUGCCUACCGUGUUCCGGGAUAUUUUUUCAGAGCCAGCUCCAAUGAUUCGAAGAAGCUGCCCACAGUCCUUGUCACGACUGGAUACGACGGCGAUCAGCAGGGUGCCUAUCACGCCUUGUGCACCCAGGUGCUCCUGCGGGGCAUGAACUGCGUCGUCUACGAAGGGCCCGGACAGCCGUCGCCCCGUCGAUACCAGAAUCUAACCUUCAUUCCGGACUGGUGGACUGCCACGUCGCCUGUAGUUGAUCACAUCGUGUCUCGUCCGGACGUGGAUGCGAGCAAGAUUAUACUCCUUGGGUACUCGUUUGGUGGGACUCUGGCACCACUCGCGGCAGCCUACGAGCCGCGCAUAUCCGCAGUCGUUGCUAUCGACGGACUGUCUUCUCUUCAGCAAGAUUUGAAGGUCCAAUUUGGAUCUCUUACAGGACUUUUUGAGGCCGGCAAGGUUGACGAGUUCAACAAAUACCUCCUCGAUCUUUCCGGGAACAAAUCGGAACCAAUCAACAAACGUUACGUCAUUCAGCAGGGUCUAUACGCAUUCAACACCAAGUCGCCAUUUGACUGGUUCACACGUCUUGGGGCGAUUUCCAUCACACCUGCCAUUGUGGAAAGAAUGGGGCCUCGCCCCGUUUAUAUUGCGAAUGGACAGGAUGAUACAAGGCUACUGAACCAGUCCAACAUUGCAUAUGAUCAAUUCGUAAACGGACGACGAAAUGGAAAGGCUCUCACGUACUUUCAUGAGUUCCCGGUUCGUCUAGGCUCUGGCGAACACUGUUCGCUUGGUGCCGAAACUCAACUUUUCACAUCUGUCGUUGGGUGGCUGAGCAAGGUUUGGGGCGGUUAUAGAUUCUCCGACAACCAGUGA